AUGGCUUCAACAGAUAGACUGGGGGGAACAGGAAUUUUACCCAAAAUGAAAAGAAAGAAAGUAGCAGACUCUUGUUCACACGAUGAAUAUAAAAUCAAAUUUCAAGGACUGAACAUAUUUAUUGUAGAAAGGAAAAUGGGAUCAACCAGAAGAACUUUUCUGAUGGAUUUAGCUCGUAAGAAAGGAUUCAGAGUCAAUGAUAAGCUGAGUGAUGCAGUCACACAUAUUGUGGCAGAAAACAACUCUUGGAAUGAAAUUUGGGACUGGCUCCAAAUCCACAAGCUGUCAAACACGAACACACUUGAGAUGUUGGAUAUCUCCUGGUUCACAGAUAGUAUGGGCGCAGGAAAACCUGUGGAUAUACAGGAAAGACAUAGACUGCAGACACAAACGACUUGUCCAGAACAAUCAGACCCAGUGCCAGUCUCAAAAGUGGCAGCCAUAUCUCAAUACGCAUGUCAGAGGAGAACUACACUCAACAAUAAGAACAAGAUAUUUACGGAUGCAUUGGAGAUAUUGGCAGAAAACUGUGAGUUCAAUGAAAAUGAACGAUCCUAUGUAGUUUUUGCAAGAGCAACAUCGGUGCUAAAAUCCCUUCCUUAUGCCAUCAGCAGUAUGACAAUGUUAGAGGGAUUACCCAACAUGGAAGUCCAACCAAGAGCUAUAAUUGAGGAAAUCUUGGAAGAUGGCAAAUCCUCUACCGUUGAGAGUUUGCUCUGUGAUGAGCGAUACAAAGCAACAAAGCUGUUCACGAGUAUCUUUGGUGUGGGUCUGAAAACAGCAGACCGGUGGUACAGGCUAGGUUUCCGAACACUGGAAGAAGUACAGGCUGCCAAGGACCUGAAAUUUACCAAAAUGCAGAAGGCAGGCUUGAUGUACUGUGAAGACAUCAGUAGCUUUGUAAACAAGGCAGAAGCGCAUGCUGUGGGUCAAAUUAUCGAAAAGUUUGUCCACAAAUGUGUACCGAAUGCCACUGUGACUUUAACAGGAGGAUUCAGAGGUGAAGGAAAGGAGAUUGGCCAUGAUGUGGACUUUUUGAUAACCUGCCCCGAGGAAGGGAAGGAAGAAGGAAUUCUCCAUAAAGCAGUCAGUCGGAUGAACAAUCAGGGCUUACUCUUGUACUAUGAUAUUAUAGAGUCCACGAUGGAAAAGAACAAAAUACCCAGCAAGCAAUAUGAUGUGAUGGAUAAGUUUCAAAAAUGCUUCAUGAUUCUAAAAUUAAACAACACACUAGUUCAAAACAGUGACCUAAAUUUGCACUCAGAAUCUGGAAUCAAACUAGCUUAUGAGACAGCAGAACCUGAAAGACAGAUCGAAAGUAAAGAUUGGAAAGCUAUUCGGGUGGAUUUGGUUAUUGUACCUAUUCAACAGUAUGCCUAUGCACUGCUGGGAUGGAGUGGAUCAAGGCACUUUGAACGUGACCUGAGAAGAUUUUCAUACCAUGAGAAACGUAUGAACCUGGACAAUCAUGUUUUGUACGAUAAAACCAAGAAGGUAUUUCUUACAGCUAAGACUGAGGAAGAAAUCUUUGCUCAUCUGGGCUUGGAAUACAUUGAACCAUGGGAACGAAAUGCAUAA